CUAAGCAGGUCGGGCUAAAAAUAUCCUUAAAACCAUACAACAAAAUUAUCAGAAUAAAAGCAAUGCCCUACCUAAAGAGAAAAUCAAAUGAACCGCCGCUUCAGUCUCUGGCUGUGACCACGGAAUCCAUACGUGUGGGACAAUUGAGUGCCCCCAACAUCAUAGAUCGUGGCUUGCGGCCCAAGUUCUCAAAGCUGCCCAGCGGACAGGAUAUUAAUAGAACUCGAUAUCGGUUGACGAAGGAUGAGAAGACCAUGUGGGUUGGUGUAGUUGGUGUAAUUGGUGUAGAAAAGAAACACAUGCAACAAAUGAGCAAGGAUAUGGAUAAUUAUUUCAAUCCCAAGUUAACCGAUAAUGGGAAAGAUCUUCAAAAAGCUGAGCCAAGAAAUAAGGAUAAGGAUAUCGAUAAAAAAGUAUUUAAAGCGCCGAAACUUGCCACAAUACAGGAAGAAGCACUAGAGGAAAACAUUGAUUGCUUUGGGUUGCUUAAGCCUUUAGAGUUUAUCAAUACUGUGGAGUUGCAGAGUGGUGCUAAAACCGCCAAUGCUCUCAGAAAGAGCCUGCGAUGGCUGCAGGAAGCCACAAGACCUGGCACUGUUCAGACCAUUGAUAAUGUCAAAAACUUACAUCGCUCAGCAACUCGCGUAUGUGGCACAUCCACAUAUAGGACCAAGAAAGAAAUUGGUGUUCUCAGCAAGAAGAAAAUGCAAUUGAACCCCAAGGCGGAAUUAAUGAAGGAAAAAACUGAACGCAUGGAGGCAGUUGUGAAUGAAAUGAAAAUGUAUCAGGACAAACAAAAUGCCGAUAAAAAUACCGAAAAAGAUGCCAAUAAUAAUCCAGAAAAAUAUUUCCAACUGGAACAAGAACAUAGCUCAAACAAAGAUCACAGCUACAAUGGUGCCAUAGAAGGUUUAUAUGAAAUUACUAGCAACGCUGGAGGGCCUCAGAACGCCGAAAUUUCCUUGCAGGAAUUUGAACAAAAUGAGCGAAAUUAUAUGAGCAGAAUUGUAAUCAACUCCCAAAUCCUAAAUUCUAGUGAUAGAAACAACAAUUCAAUUGAAGAGUGUUCAGUUAUAUAUAAAAGGGAUAAUUUUUUGCAGAAUACAGAAUCCACAACGACUCAAUCGGAAAACUAUUUUGGCCUGGGGAAUAAGAAACACAGCAGGAAGCAUGAGCAGAGCCGUUCAAAGGUAAAUUCUUGUUCUACAAGAAAAAAUUCCAACAGUUAAAUUCUUUGUCCUCAGUACAACGAAAUUAAAAAAAUAUACACAAAUCAGCAGCUUGCUAGAUUUCAAUCACUAUCUAAAUCCAAAAAAGCUCAGCCCAAAGAUUUUAACAUGAACAAAUACUUGAAGCCUUUUAAAACCAUGAAAAACAUUCAGCCCAUCUCCUUGGAUACUCUAACAAAAGCUAAAGACAAUGUUCAGCUGAUCAAAGCUUCGUUUCAGUUGCCAAAGCUCUCCAAAUGCAAUGGGAAAUACAAUUCUCUAACGUUAUUCCAUUCAAAAAGCACUGUGCAGUAUUUGGUGUGGGCUCCAACCUUAUGCCUAAUUACCAUUUUUUUUUUGGCAUUCGUACUCUUUUUGCGCUUUGUAUUUGUGAAACCAGCACCAACAUUUUGGGAACUCUUACUGAAAUAUCUAAUCCAAAAGUUGAGGGUAUUUUGUUUUAUUUCAAACAUCUGACAGCUCAAAGCAAGCCUUGACCCAACAUUCUCUAAGUUUUAUGGCGUCUAUUCUUAACCAACAUCAUAUCCCAUAAAUCUCCCAAAUCUUACUUUGCUGUACUACGCCGACAAUCGCAACCUAAUCGUAUGCUAACAAACGAAACCAAGAGACCCGAGACCCUCACUUUUCUCGCCAAAGUUCCAGAAAAUGCAGUGAAACAACCUGAGGGCAAGGGAAAAUACGAAAAGCUAAUUCCUGAAGAAACCUGUAAUAGAUCUACUAUGAAGAAUACAAAUGAGAACAGUCCCAGCGGCUCCAAAACACCCAGCGAAGCCAUGUUAAUGGCCAAGCCAAAUUCACAGCUCCUGCUGGUAAGUUUACCAGCACCCGAAACAGGAGAAGCGCUGCACAGCAAAUUGUUAGACCCUUAUUUGAUUCGAGCAUUCAAAGGCGAAAAACUUCGGCAUAAAAAAUCCAAAUCAAAGCAUAGAGGUUCAUAUGUUCACGGCUUAACCCGAAAAGACAAGUUAAUGUCCGCAUUGGGUGUAGUUUUAUUCAUUCUAUUCAUUCUAUUUAUGACUCAAUGGACACCAAGACCACUAACUUCACACUUUGGGUAGUCAGCUUUCGAAUUUUUAUUCAAUAAGUUAUAGAAAAUA